AUGAGUGAGACCUGUCUUAAGGUCGCCAGCAGUGCAGACGACCUGCCUCCUGUUGUGCUCAGUACGGAUCGGGCGACUCCGAUUCCGGCAGCUCUCCUGCGAGUACCCAGUGGGGAUACGAGAGACGACACCUCCGAGCCCAGUCCGCGAAAGAUUCGCUCGCUUGAUCCAACAUCGUCUCCAUCGAGUCCGAGUCCUUCUCCACGUGCUGGUGCCCGAGCCAGGAUCGACACGACGAAGACUUUGGGGAGUUUGUCGUCUGCAGGCACCAAAACGUCCAGAAGCUCCUCACAUCCUGUCCUGCUUUCGACGAGAAGGAUGGACCCCAACACUGGGGCAGUCGAGUCGGUCGAAGAGACGGAGGUGAGCUUGACACGAAAGGAAGAAGUUGAGAAAUGCAUAGGCCUAGGCUUGCGUGUGUUAAAGGCCUGCCUGCUGCAACGGUACAUUGUUCCGCCCGAUUAUCGGCGCGCCUCUGAAAGUCUCAAAGCCCUCAAAGCCUUUGUUUUGUCUUUGCUCGUAUGCGGAAACUCUGAGUCCGAGCCGAGGUGGAAGCUUCGCUGGGAUAUCUUAGUUGGAAUACUCAUCAUCUACAGGCAGACGUCCUUGCGUCCUGUCCUCUUGUUUUCGCCCUUUCGCCGUUGCGGCCCUGCCGAAGGGCAUCGGCAGUAA